UCUUUUGAUGUGUCCUUGUCUCCACCUCAGGGACCUAGAUGAUCUGCCUUUUGAGACAAGGUUGUUGAUGUCCUGUGCCCCCGGUGGACCCUGCUUCUGGUGAUGUGGGGCAGCAUCCACCUGAAUGCUCUUCACCACGAAGCCCAAGAUUUUGGAAGGAAGCCCUUCUCCUCUCCUAUCUCAAUAUGAGACCAUCAGUCUAUGGGCAGUAGUCUCCUCUGGUGUCACAACUUCCCGUGUGCUCUUGGUUCUGGGACACCACCAACCCACUGCUCUAGCAGGUCCCGGGUCAGCCUUGCAGGCCCCUUCUUUGCUAGCCGCCUUGACCUGGAAGCUUGGGUCAGCAGACCUAAGGCCAUCCUGGCAGCUGUACUGCUCACCCUGUGUUAUUCUAAGUAAAGUUUCCCCUGGGAGCAAGUUAGAAUUCUCUACUGCAGACCUACCCAGCAGUUUACAUUUGAACAUCAUUCUUCAGGGAUUCAUAAAAUAUUUAUACAAAGAUCAAGAUCGUUAUCCAUUAAAAGUUCACAUUUUAAGUAUUCGGCCUCCAGAUUUCUGUCCUCAAAUUCCUGCCUUGACUUCCUUCCACAGUGGACUGUCACCUGUAAGCCAAAUAAACCCUUUCCCAGAAUUGUUUUGGUCUGUGCUUUGUCACAGCAGUAGAGAAACAAGCUACCACACCAGGGAACCAUUUUGCCACUGUUCUCCAGGCUCUGCAUUGGCAUUUUGUUUUCUUGUUAUACAUUUUAUUCUUUAAGACAAUAUUUAAAUUCAUAUUUUGAUCAUGAUUUCCCCAUCCCACAAGUCCUUCCAAAUCCUCUACCCUUCCCUACCCAUCCAACUUUAAAUUCUUUCUCAAAACAAACAAACAAACAAACAAAUAAAUAAACAAAAAACAAUUCUUAGAAAGUAUGUAGUUAUACUUGGUUUCAAUUUUAUGGCUUUAUUUUGAGAAGAUACUAAUUUUAGAUUGCCACUUUUUCUAACAUAAUGUAUUUUAUCAUCAUUAUUUCCACAAGUAUCUUAUUUUUAAACUUUUGUUUCAGUAGAGCUAAAGCUUAUCAGAAAUUUGCUCUUAUUUAUAAAUCCCUUUAAUUUGUUAAAUGAGUCCUCUUUAUGUACUUUAAGAAGGAAUUGCGUUUUAAUGAGAGACAGAAA